UUCUUCUUUCUUUUUUCUCUUUAGGAAAAAAUGUGCCUCAGCGACUGCUGACCUCAGAUCUUGCAGAAACCUGCUUUAUCAGAGCUGUGAUGGCCAGUCACCAAGCAGAAGUUCAGAGUUUGAAGCUAGAUAAUGAUUCAGUUAUAGAAGGAAUAAGUGACCAGGUACUGGUGGCCGUUGUGCUCAGUUUCACUUUCAUUGCUGCUCUGGUAUAUACGCUUUUAAGAAAUGAACAUCAGAACAUACAUCCAGAAAAUCAAGAGCUAGUGCGAGCUCUUCGUCAGCAGCUUCAAACUGAUCAGCAGGAUGCUUCUGCUGCUGAUCGACAUCGCUUCUAUACAGAUAUGUCCUGUCCAGUCUGUCUGCAACAGGCUACAUUUCCUAUAGAAACAAACUGUGGACAUCUCUUCUGUGGUUCCUGCAUUAUUGCCUACUGGAGGUAUGGCUCGUGGCUUGGUGCCAUCCGUUGUCCAAUCUGCAGACAGACGGUAACGUUGUUCUUACCGCUCUUUGGUGAAGAUCAGCAGGGUGCAGCCCAAGUGUUUCAAGAUGUUAAUGAUUACAAUAGAAGAUUCUCAGGACAGCCCAGAUCUAUUAUGGAAAGAAUUAUGGAUCUUCCCACGUUAUUGCGACAUGCUUUCAGGGAGAUGUUUUCUGUUGGGGGCCUCUUCUGGAUGUUUCGCAUCAGAAUAUUCCUCUGCUUGAUUGGAGCUUUGCUGUACCUGGCUUCGCCUCUGGAUUUUCUUCCUGAGGCCCUCUUUGGAAUUCUGGGGUUCUUGGAUGAUUUCUUUGUAAUUUUUCUUCUGCUGAUAUAUAUCUCUAUCAUGUACAGAGAAGUGGUAACACAACGUCUAAAUAGAUGAAAUGGACAAAAGUGACCUAAAAGCAGAGUCAGUUGUGGAAUGUUUUAAAAAGAAGCUAUAACGUAUAACGUAGCAAGGUGCCUGUGUAUGAUUUCAGUAGUAACAAUUUCUUAGCUGGUUAUGUUAUACAAACAUAAGGGGUUAGUUUGUGGUGAUACUUAACUGGAACCUUUAAUUUGUGCAUUACAUAUGCUUCAUAAGGAUGAGGUUAGUUUUAUAAUGUUGUAAUAAACCAUCUUCAUCUACUUCCACCUGAUAAACAACUGUAUUGUAAUCAAAGCAGGAGACUUUCUUUGUUGUGUUGUGGUUUGUAAAAAAGGAGUUCUAGCAAAGGACUUCAAACAAUAAGCCUAUUUCAGUAAUCUAGAUGUGUAAGAAAAUUCAGAAAUUCUUCACAGUACAAUUAUCAUGGCUAAAUUGUUUGAUGUCUUACUGUUGUGGGCUGGAGUUUUUUGAAAUAGAAUUAGCUUUGUCUCUGUGGAAGAAACCCAAGGGCCUCAUUACAAUUAUCAUCCUGCAGUUUGCUAUUGUCCACAUGCUUCAGAAAAAUGAGGAUAAUACCUUGAUACUGCUUGAACUACACUAUGUACAUUUGCAUGCAGUUUGUACCAUUUUAUUUUUAUAUUUGGGAAUAUACACACAGUAUCUGAUCUACAUUGAAAAAUCAGUAUUAUGCACGCCACACUCAUUAAUGCUCUGUUUUUUAAAGUGAGAGCAUGGUUUUUCUCUUCAGACUUUUUUAUUUGGUAAGUUUGUAUCUUGGAAGCAGAGUUUUUGUGCUGCUUUGAGUCAAUGCAAUAUAUCUGAAAUGCAAGUUUAUGUUUCUGUAGAUGCAUUAAAACAUUUGGCUAGUUGGAGAAGACGCUCAAAUUCCAAAUAGUGGUGAGAAAAAAAAAAGUCAGAACUGGAUGUUUACUCUACAUGUGCAUGUACUUGUAUGUGUACAGUGUAGAUGUUUACCCGAAUGUACAUUCUGCAAUACAAGUAUACUAAACAACAUAGACACUGGGGUGAUUUUCAGUUGGAGUUUUCUUGGUUGGUUGGUUGGUUGGUUGGUUGGUUGGUUGGUUGGUUGGUUGGUUGGUUGGUUGAUUUGGGUGUGGAUAGAAGAGGUUCUGAAUUACCUUGAAAAAUAAUCUGUGAUAAGGGACCACAAAAAAAUCCUGGAAGUGUUUUAAAAAUAUCAGGGUAUUAAUUAUCCUUAAAGCUUUUUUUUUUUUUUCUUGUAUGUUGAAUUUGAGCAUAGGCUAUCAUAGCUAUUCAAGUAAUUUGAAAAUACUUUCAUUUUGAGCAAUGAUUGUCACUAGAAAGGUCCAGGAUAUGACAGAUCAAUGUACUUUUUAGCUAGAGGAAUGAUAAUUGCAGUUUAACUUCCUGAGUACUUGAAAGAUAGUGAAUUAACAGGUGAUUCUAUGUGUGUUUACAUAUAUGGGAUAAGACUUACAAUGAAAGGGACCUUUUCACCGCUUCAGUGUUUUCCCCAUGCAGGUGUCUUUCCACACCUUCUAGCACUUAGAUCUUACGUKUUAAUCAUUGAGGGUGCAGAUUGUCCUUCAGUGGCAGUGUUCUUAAUGACAUUAAUUUUAAACUAAAUUCACUGAUUCUCAAUUUGAAAAUUUAGUUUUGAAAAUCCCGAGCUUUUUACAAAUGAACUGGAAAGCUAAACUUUUCUUUGUUGCUGUUUGUUAGAGAUGGACAAGAAGAGAAAGGGGAAGUGAAGCAAGGGCUGGAGGAAGAGAGCUAGAGAGAAAAUGACAUUUUCAAAAGCAAAUGCUAACCAGCUUUUCUUGAACAUCUUGGUUGAGCUUUUCCAUUGUGUUGGCAUUGCUAAUGUAUGGUGAUGGUCUAGUGGCUACCUCAGUUAAAACUCUUUAAGGUAUUACUGAGUAAGAGUGGGAUAUUCAUAAGCUGUUAGGAGCAUUUACAAAGCAAGGUAGUAGUUUAGGAUGUUACGUAAGGCAGGAUUUCACUGUAAAUAUUACUGUAAGUAUUGUUUUUGGCUUUGGGGUUUUUUUUUUCCGAAGAAAUAUAGCUGAAAGCAAGCCCCAAAAAUUCUUUUUUUUUAAUUGAGUAAAUGUAACACUUCCUUUUCUCCUGGAGUUUAAGCUGUAGUUCUGCUUAGGCAAGAGUGUGAACUGCUGUUGUAGAGUAAUUGGGCUCUAUUCAUGGAAUUUUUUGAUCUAGUACCUCGUCCACACUUCUAUCCUGUGAUUGUGUUUAUAAUUUUACCAUGACUCUCUAAAUCCAGAAUAGAUAUAGAUGGACAUGAAUCUGCUUCCUCAUGGUUUCCUCUGAGUUUCCCAAUUCCAUGUGCUAUUGUGAAGUUCAUGUGGAAAUACCCAUUCCAUCUAAGGGGAUCGUGUGUAACUGAAGUCAUACACAAAGCACAUAUGAAAGACUAUAUGAAGUUUCCCAUGUUCUUUUUCUUCAGUACAUUUUUGAUAGCCAGAAGGGUUUCACCUAGAUGCUUCUGCUUACUUUUGAGUAUUGAAUAACAUUGUAAGCUUAAAUUCAAUGCAUUAAAUGCUUGACAGCAUUAGGACUGUUCUUUUCACGGAUAUGCGUACUUGCUUAUGGAUUUUUUUUUUGGUCCUGCAAGCCAGUGAUAAACAGUAUUAUGACUUGUUCAGGCCUUUUUGUGUAAUGUGAAGAUGCAUCUGUCCUGCCAUGUCUGGCCGCUGCUCCUUCACACAAAUCUGAAAUAGCUGUAACUUAGCUAUCUUGGGUACUGAGCUUGAGCUUAAACUAAGCUCCAGAGCUCCCAAGAAGCUGGAGAUUAAAGCAUGCAGUAUUCCUGAACUGUGUGCUGCCAAGUUAUUCUGGCAGUGUUGUGAAAGGUAAGGAUUAGGGCUGACCAGUGGUUUCAGAAUGUGAAGGAAAUGUGUGAUGCUGUGUGCAGAGUGAUUGCAAAUGUCACUGUGGGUUUGUCUUCUGAAACAGGGCAGGCGCAUCACCAAYGGGGAAAUUUUAAAAA